AUGCUCAUUGUUGUGCACAGGUUUGGUAUGCUUGCCCUGCACGAGUCUAUUUGGCCUAUCGUCGCAACCACCCUCGGUGUCUACGUCAGCCACCAUCACGCAUCUCAGCCACCAUCAUGCCAAUCUCGUCAUUCUUAUCAGCUUGCCGUCGCAGUUCUAGUCACCUGGAGGGAGAACGAAAUAGGCAAACACCGAGCCGAGGAGGUAGUAGACAAGCCAUGCAGGCGUGAGACACUUGCGGGGAUCAGGAGCAACCCUCUGACAGGACACGAGUCUACAUCCGGUUUGCAUGACCUCACGCAGAUCGGCCAAACCUCGCACUUUCUGUCCAUAAAAGCAAGUUCCGCAGCUGCAGUAGCAGUCGCCUUGGUGGGGGUAAAUAUAUAUCUUGCAGUUCGAUUCCAGGCGCGCUUCGCCAUAUAUUACAAUACCGAUUAUGUGCCCCGUCUAACAGACGCUCACAAGCUUGGUAGCACCAAAAGAGGAUGCAAUUGUUUGGACUUGCGGAAUAUCUUCUCGGAAGAAGACACUACGAAUUGUCGAGGUAAUAAUAAUAGGCAGCAGGACUUGGUGAAGUUCGGAUCGCCAACAGCACCCGCCACUGUAUUGAUACAGAGUCUGGGACUUGUUGUUAAUAUAGCACAUGCCUGUAUCGAUACACGACGAGAAGUAGGGAAAAGAAUUGGUGCACAGAAGCGCAGAAAGUACAGCAGGAAUUAUUCAAGGUACAUCUCGUUGGCAAUGCCCGAGAAGCUAUGUAUGAGUAUUACAGAGAAGCCUGUAAAGCAUACCGACCGAGAAGCUAUCAAAAGAAGGGGCAGUUAUCACAGCAAUUGGGGUAAGCUGGGGGAAUAUGAAGCCUCGGAUCCCAGGUUCGGUGGCCUUUACACACCGAACCCACUCAACCAAGGGACCGAGGCUCUCGGCUGUUUCCGAAUCGAUUGA